AAGUAGGAGAACAAUAUUAGCGUGAUGGUUAGGCUUAGGCUAUGGUGGUGUUCUUUCUUGAUUACAUUGACAGUGUUAUUUGAACAAGUUAGAAUUUGUAGUUGUUGGAAUGAACAAACCCCAACACCACCUUUGCCAAUUCUCCCUCUCCCAACAUACUCCCAGAUUAAAUGGCAACAAAGGGAGAUCAUAAUGUUCCUCCACUUUGGUGUCAACACAUUCACUGAUAGAGAAUGGGGCACUGGACAUGAAAACCCAGCAAUCUUCAAUCCCACAAGGCUCAACACAACCCAGUGGGCCACUGUGGCAGCAGAUGCAGGAAUUUCCUUGAUGAUACUAACUGCUAAACACCAUGAUGGCUUCUGCCUUUGGCCUUCCAAGUACACUAAUCAUUCUGUCAUCAGAAGCCCCUGGCAAGGUGGCAAGGGUGAUGUUGUUCGAGAUUUUGUCAAUGCAGCCACUGCACAUGGAAUUGAUGUAGGGAUCUACCUUUCACCUUGGGAUAGACAUGACCCCAGAUAUGGUAAUGAUUUGCUUUACAACCAAUAUUACUUGGCUCAAUUGCAAGAGUUGCUCAAGAAGUAUCAAAAUGUUAGAGAAAUUUGGUUCGAUGGAGCAAAGGGUGCUCAGGCAAAAAACAUGUCCUAUUAUUUUUCAGAUUGGUUUUCUAUGGUGAAGGAGUUGCAGAGUUCCAUCAAUAUCUUCUCCGAUGCCGGUCCUGAUGUAAGGUGGGUGGGAGAAGAAACAGGUUCUGCAGGAUACACAUGUUGGUCUACCAUCAAUCGAACCUCUUUGUCGAUUGGAAAUUCCAGCAUCACAGAGUAUUUGAGCAGUGGUGAUCCAAAAGGGACAGAUUGGCUGCCGGCGGAAUGUGAUGUCUCAAUUCGACCGGGAUGGUUCUGGCAUGAGUCAGAAUCACCAAAAAGGCUGAGCAAGUUGCUUGAUAUUUAUUACAACUCAGUUGGGAGAAACUGUGUGUUACUUCUCAAUGUACCUCCAAAUAAAAGUGGCCUUAUAACUGAUGUUGAUGCUCAAAGAUUGAAAGAGUUUAGAAGUGCAAUUAACACUAUUUUUCAACACAAUCUUGCCGAAGAUUCUUUUGUAAAAGUUAGUAGCCAAAGGGGGGGUUUCGGACCAGAAAACAUGCUAGACACUGACCACUUGUGGUCCUAUUGGACCCCAAAGGAUGAUGGCGGUGAAAAGGACCAUUGGAUUGAAAUUUGGGCAAAGGAUGAGAGUUUUUUGAGAUUCAACGUGAUUUCAAUACAAGAGGCAAUUGGACUUGGUCAAAGGAUCAAACGGCAUGAAAUCUAUGCGGAUGAUAAAUUGAUCGUGAAAGCAACAACAGUGGGUUACAAGAGGCUUCAUAGGCUUGAUCGGGGUGAGGUGCAGGCUCGUGUUGUGAGGAUCACAAUCAGAGAAUCAAAAGCAGUGCCUCUUAUUUCUUCUAUUGGUUUGUAUUUUGAUCCUUUUUGGCACUCUAAAUUUACUGUCACCUGAACUACCAUAACUGCGUAUUAAAAUAUUGUUCUGUCCGUAAAGAAUCGAAAACAAAUUUUCUUUCUUCUAA